AUGAGAAUUUGUACCAAUCAUCCUUAAGAAACAAUUAAAAAUGUUUGUAUUGCUAACCAUUAAUGUAAAAGAUUUCUAUGUCAAAAAUGCUUUAACAGCCAUGGAGUAGGAGAUUUGAAUAAAUUAAAAAUAGAGGACUUUAAUAAAAUAAUACAAAAUCAAUUUGAAGUUUUCAAAUAGCAAGCUAGAUCUCAACAAAAGGAACGACAAAAGAAUGAAAUCAAAGAAUUUAUAAAAGAAACCAAGAAUAAAUUGGCAAGAAUAGAGAAAGAGAUAUCCUAAUAAAUUGAAAUGAUAGACAAAGAAGAACAAUACUAUUUUGAUCUUAUAACCUCUAAUUCUCCUAUAGUAAAUUACUUAGAUUAGAAUAUAAACUCUUUAAUCGAGAUAAUAAGAAAAAAACUAGAAAAUUGGAUUUUAUACAAAAAUGGUUUUUAUGAAUAAUUAAUGAGGAUUAAAGACAACUUAGAAGAAAACAUAACUUAAAGGAUUAAAAAGAUAUUGUGCUAAAUUGCAAGAAACUCAGUUUUCAGCUAUGUAUACAAAAAAUAUGGAAAUGAAUUAUGUUCAAGAUGGAGAAAUUCUUAGAUUGUAUUCCAAAUAUUUAUUUUUGAAGUGAUGCAAUAGAAGAUUACAACAAUAAACCUUAGAUAAUGAAAAAUUUAUAAUAGAUUAAGCACCUAAAUUGGCAUGGUUCUUUUAACUUAAAUUACAAAAAGUAAGGAAUGUGGUACCCAACUUGGAAAGGCGUUAAACUCGAUGCUGGAGGGAGUUAUUCAAAUGGAUUAAAGUAGGAAAAUUGGAAAGAAUUAGUUUAAAAUUAUUGGGAGUAUUUUGAUAGAUAAUCUUAGAAAAGCUGAAGUGUUUUAAUAGGGAAACUAUUAAAAUAAUUAGAAGAAUGCUGUUUGGUAAAUCAUUCGCAACAAUAAACCAAUGUAUUAUAGUUUAACAAUUAUUUAGUCAUGAGAGUACUUACUCUGAAAAUGGAAUAAAGAUUGGAAGAGGAUUUGAGUUACAUGAUAAUUAUCAUGAAUAUUUCUUUAUAUACUUAAAAUAGAGGGAAUUAAGUUAUUUUAAAUGGAGAAUACAAACAGGGGAAAAAAAUUGGCAAAAUGGAAUACUUUGUUAGAGGAAAAAGAAUUAUGUAAGAUUAAUUCAUAAUUUAUUAGGCAGUGGAGUGUACGAUGAUUAAGGAAUAAAGCGUGGUUAAUGGGAAGAAUUGCAUAAUAAUUUUUUGA